UUUGCUACUUUCCGAAGAAGGGUCUGGAGGCUUGUAAAGAAGGUCCAGAGUAUCUAGUGCUUAACAGACUACCAAUGGUGUAUCGAUCACAGCUUGGAUAGCACUGUUCAAGGACAUUGCUGCAAUCUUCUUCCCUCCAUGCUGCAGUGCUGAGGGUUUAGUAUGUCCUGUAAGUAAUUGCGGGGAAGAAGUGAGGAAACUUACUAGCUGUAAGAGUUGUCUAUUGUGAAACAAGGAUAUGUGAGUUAGUUGAGUGUUCUACAGGUGUUAUUUAUUUAUAAAACAGGAUCUGGACUUGUAUGUAAACUGAUUGUGUUUCUUUGCUUGGUUUAAAAAUCUAUUUAAAAAAUUAAAAUCUACUUAAGUUAAAUUUCACUGCCUCACUGUAGUAAUUAUUCUUUAGGGAAAAACUUGUAUCUGUUCAGUGCAGAAGUUAGAAGCAAGACUUCUGAUAAACAAGCCAUUAAAAGCUUUGUAACCUAUGAAUAACGGUUAAUAUUAUAUAACUGUGGUGCACUUAACUCUUCUGCUGGGUCUUUGAGCUUGUUGUCUCUGUACACUUCACCUCCUGGGAUGUGCGGUUGCUGAAAAAUUAAGGCCUAAGCCACGAUCAGCCUUUUAAAGGGACACUGUCAAGUCAAAUUAUUUUUAUGUAAAUAGCUUUUUAGAUGGUUAUGAUCCUAUAACCUUUCUGAAAAUGAAAACUGAUUUUUUUUUUUUUUUUUUUUUUCUUCAAACCUGCAUGCUUUCUCCAGUGUUACAACCCUCCUUUUACAAGCUCAUUUCUAGGUAAAACAAUAAAGUUUGUUUACAGAUCAUGUUAGUUCCUGUGCCCCAGAUUGGUGAUAACACAGCAGUGUUUGAACAUGAUGAAAGUCUACCUGUAUUCCCUUUUAUUCAUUUUAAAAGAAAACUAUGUAAUGGGAUAUUUAUUACAUAUGUGAGUUUUUAUUAUAUCACUGUUUAAUACUAAAAUAUAUUUCACUUUGCUUUCCUUACAGUAAUCCCAUAUCUCUUUACUUCCACAAUACCUGCUUGAGUAUUUUUCCCCUAUCUAGUCCUUUUGCAUGCCCUGACCAAUUUCUUACACUGUGCAGUUUCCUCAUAUAUACCCAGACACGGUUUAUUGUGAGAGUCUAGCAUCAACUGCUGCUUGGAGGUGUAAGGGGCUUUUGGCCAGUGACAUCAGUAACUAUUACUCUUGAGGUAGAAGCUGUCUCAGACAAAUGGGAAAACUAUAGCAGUUCUACUUACGACUCUUCUGAAUUAAAAACUAAAAUGUUAAUUGGCAAUAUUACAUCUCUUACUAAAGAUGGUGGCUAUAUUAAUAAGACAACUUCUUUUGCCAUGGACCGGGUUUGUGAAGGCUUCAAACCUUGUAAAGGUGACUGGGUGCAAGCUGAAUAUUUUAUUAACCCAACAACAUGGAGCAGUGAAGCAGUUUCUGUAAAGCCACUGAGAUAUAAGCGAGUGGACAAAGUUCGUAUUUCCAGUGUUUGUGGAAGAAUUGGCGUAAUAGAUGACAGUAUAUUUUUCAUUCUGGAUUCUCUGAGACUUCCUGAUGGUUAUUCACCUCGUAGACAUGACCUGGUCAAUGUGGUGGUUGUGGAGAGUAACCAGUCAUGUUACAUUUGGAGAGCACUCUGCAUGGCUCCCUCAGACAAGAAUGGACUAUCUGCCACUAGUGAAAUGAACUUGGAUGAGUCAUAUGAAAAUUUAAUGAGAGACAAAGGAGGACUGGAGGUGUCAAGAAUGACUAACUUUGGAACACUUAAGCUAGGGGAGAGUAAAAACAUGGUCAUUUGGAUAGAGAAUAAGGGAAAUGUACCACAUUCCUUAAUCAGCUGCAGACUAGCUGGCUGGGAAAAAGAGAAGCAGUUUAGCUUUCAGUUGCCUGAAAAAGGCCAGAAGACUCCAACAACAUUUUUGUCAUCAUGUGUUCCUGUGAAACAAGAGAAUUUGUCAAAGGGGAACAUCAAUUCACUCAAUGACAGUAGCGAACCUAUGUGCCAGCCACUGAAUAACGCAUUUGUUAUGAAUAAUGGAACCCCACCAGAAGGAAUUAAUCCUAAGGAUCCAAAUUUAGCAAGAGAGAAUAAAGAUCUUGGUAGCAGAGAAGAUGAAAAUCUGUGCAGUGGAGAAAAUGGACAAAGUGUGGAAGAACGGCCAAUAGUUGAGGCGGAAGCUAGUGGGGAAAUCUUCAUACCACCUGAGGGAAAGACUUCCAUUGUGAUCAUAUGUACCGCAGUAAACCUUGGCCGCUGCAAAGAACUUCUGUUGCUUUGUUUUUCUGAUUUUAUUAUUGGACGCUACAUUGAAGUAACUGUAAUAAAUGAAGAGGAAUCUCUAAUAGCAGCCACUGAACCAUUCUCCCUAAGAAAGCAUAAAGUUAUUCCAGAGUUACAGCACAUGAAGACUACAGUGGCUGUAACAGAACGCAAAAGAAGUUGUAGAAGAUGUCUUCCAAGUUUCCUACCACACUAUCCCAUACCGGAUAGAUUAAGAAAAUGUGUGGAGCAAAAAUCGGACAUACUGACUUUUCAACCUCUCCUUGCAGAGCGACUGAAUCUGUCUAACUAUAAAGCAAACCUUUCUACCCUGCUGUGGCUUGAGGAGAUCCAUGCUGAAAUGGAGAUCAAAGAAUUUAGCAUGAGUGGAAUCAUUUUGAAAAAGAAUGGAAACUUCUUGGUGCUGGAAGUGCCAGGGUUGGCAGAGGGAAGACCUUCCUUAUAUGCAGGUGACAAAGUGAUAUUAAAAAGUCAAGACUACUCUGAGCAUAUAAUAGAGUACAUUGCCUAUGUUACUGAGAUUCACGAUGAAGAUGUUAUGCUGAGACUUAACCCAGAGUUUGAACAGGCUUACAACUCUGAACCCAUGGAUGUAGAAUUUGCAUUCAAUAGGACUACCAGCAGGCGAUGCCAGUUUGCAGUUGAACAAGGCAUCUAUCUGGGUGAAAAAGUGUUAUUUCCAAAUACUCUGGUUUUACAAUCCCCACAAGUUGUCAAGACUUGGAAUAAUAUGGGAUGUCGUACUGUUGCUGCUGAUCGUGAACAGUAUACCAAGAAGAAAGAUAAGAAAAAGAAAAUGCAAAAUGAGCAAACAAAAUGCAUGGUGCCAAAGGAGAGAAACAUAGUGGCCAUGCCUCGAAUGGUGACUGUUGCUACACAGACAAGUAAACUGAUCAAUGGAAUCAUGACACCUGAACAGAGAGACUGUGAAUUUUUCAAUCCUGUGCUGAAUGAGCAUCAGAAAUUAGCAGUGAAAAGGAUACUUAGUGGUGAAUGUCGUCCAACUCCUUAUGUUCUCUUCGGACCACCGGGAACUGGAAAAACUGUAACAGUGAUAGAAGCGAUCUUACAGAUACAUUAUACUUUACCAGACAGUCGAAUUUUGGUCUGUGCACCAUCCAACAGUGCAACGGAUUUAGUUUGCUUACGACUGCAUGAUAGUAACCUCCUAAAACCAGGAGCUAUGGUCAGAGUUAAUGCUAGCUGCAGGUGUGAAGAGACAGUCGGUGAUACAGUAAAACUUUACUGCAAAGAUGGUGAAGAUAUUUGGAAAGCAUCACGGUUCAGGAUAAUAAUUACCACAUGUAGCAGUGCAGGAAUGUUUUAUCAAAUAGGAGUAAGGCUUGGGCAUUUCACACAUGUAUUUGUGGAUGAAGCAGGACAGGCAAGUGAACCAGAAUGCUUGAUUCCGCUUGGGUUGAUUUCAGAAGUUAAUGGACAGAUAGUGCUCGCUGGAGAUCCAAUGCAAUUAGGACCAGUAAUUAAAUCUAGACUUGCAAUGGCUUACGGAUUAAAUGUAUCCAUGCUGGAAAGACUAAUGUCACAAUCUCUAUAUCAGAGAAAUGAGGAUGCUUUUGGUGCUUAUGGAUCGUACAAUCCUCUAUUGGUUACAAAACUUUUGAAGAAUUACAGAUCACAUUCUACAUUGCUUGCGUUGCCAUCUAAACUGUUUUAUCAUAAAGAGCUGGAAGUUUGUGCAGACACUUCAGUAGUAACUUCUUUGUUGGGUUGGGAAAAAUUACCGAGGAAGGGGUUUCCACUAAUUUUUCAUGGCAUAAAGGGCACUGAAACACGUGAAGGACACAACCCCUCUUGGUUUAAUCCUACAGAAGCAGUUCAAGUAAUGCGUUAUUGUUGCCUUCUUGCAAAACAUGUUAACAAUGCGGUGUCGGUGACUGAUAUUGGAGUGAUUACACCAUAUCGUAAACAGGUAGAAAAAAUUAGGUUUCUUCUGCGAAAUGUUGAUUUGAUGGAUAUUAAAGUUGGUUCUGUAGAGGAGUUUCAAGGGCAGGAGUACUUGGUGAUCAUCAUAUCGACAGUACGAUCGAGUGAGGGUUCAUUUGAUGAUGAUAGAUACUACUUGGGAUUCCUCUCUAAUGCAAAACGAUUUAAUGUGGCAAUUACCAGACCAAAGGCUUUGCUUAUUAUGGUGGGAAAUCCUCAUGUUCUUGUAAAAGAUCCCUGUUUCAGCGCUCUUUUGGAAUACAGCCUAGCAAAUGGAGUUUAUGUAGGUUGCGAUUUGCCUUCUGAAUUGAAAUCUCUGCAAUAAUACGACUAGCUUCCAGUGCUCAGGGCGUGACCCGAAGACUUUUCCAUCUGAAAGUGAAUGUGUGAAAAGCAUUUGAUCCAAAACAGAAACUCAGAACCUCUAGUUUCAGCAUUGUUUUCUAAAUAGUUUGUAUUCCUAAACUUUAAGCGGAUUUUUUUUAUUUAACUACAAACAACUUUAAGUUCAAAAUCCUGUGCGUCAAGGUAAAGUUGCUAUACCAACUUCAGUCUUGUACCAAACGAGUAUAAAUACCUAAAGUUUAUGCAUACUGUAAUGUACCAUUAUCCUUUUGGCUUCUCAAAACAGAAGCUAAAAAGAACCAGGAACUAAUGUUGAAUUUCUCCCAUCUGACGUUUAAUUUUGUAUCUGUAAUAGUCUACAAUUUUGUAAUGUCUUUUAUUCAGUGCCCUGCAAUCCUCUGAGUUCAUGUAGUAUCGGUUCAGACCCAGGCAAGUAUUUCAAUCCAGGCUUCUGAGAAAGCUUUAUAUCAAAAGAAUAGUUUUUACAAUGUUUCAAGGAUUUCUGUUUCUUCUUCUUCUUCCCCUCUCUUUAGUCUCUGGCAUUUUUCUCUGAAGAAAGCUAUUGGUUUCCAAAAGGCUUUUUUCCUUGCUCUCACCUGUUGUAACAAAUCUGUAGCUUCUGAAGGUGACUUAGCCUCUUUGGGCUGACCUAUCACAAAAACCUAUAAUAGAGGUACUAUAUUUAUGAAACUCAUAGCUUCGUGCUGCACUUGGGCUUUUCCAGGUUCUCAUAUUAACGAGAGAAAGGAAGUGGUGACGUAAAACAUUACAUUUUAGGCAACCUCUAACUUUUUUUUUUUUUUUUUAAUACAGCCAAUAAUCCCAUGCAAGCAGAUAACCUAGAUGGCUUCUAGUGCACUUUCACAGAAAGGAUCAGCUUAAUGAUUUGGGGCUAGGAAAUUAGAAUGUAGUUUGGAAGAUGUCAGCUAAAGAUUACAAGGGUUACUCAGAGAUAAAAGUUAGACACUAUAGAAUAAAGGUGGAAAAACACUGCAGCAGUUACGCCAAGAAACCUUUAAUUUUUUGUUUUGGAAAAACAAUGUUCAGAAAAUCCAUCCCUAUGAGAAUGACCUGCAUUAAGUAUUUUUUUUUACAGGCAAAAUAUGAGAACAUAUAUAUGGCUUAUUUUCCUGUAUAAGUGAGAUAAAGAGUGUUUAGAAAUUUACUGACUAAUGUUUAAAUAAUAAAGCCUGGUGUACAAAAAUAA